CUCAACCCCUUCUGCCUCACCCGUUCAAGACACUGGUCCAAAGGUGGACCAACCAACAACAGGGCCGUCGACCAUGACCACCACCACCACCACAGGAGAUAUCAUGGCCAAGAUGCUUGACCCUGAGACACAAGAUACGUCUCAACAACAACAACAGCAACCACCACCACCGCCAACACCACCACCACCACCACCACAAAACCGUCCAGCAUCAAAUUACCCCCUCUCAUCCACAGACGACCUCUCCUCCCUUUCCAAACCACCAGUUGACAAACCCUCCCGACACCGUCAUGCCUCCUCCUCGUCGUCCAAGUCCCACGGCAGCCCCAGCGUCAGCGCAAGCAGCACCUCCCUCUCCUCAGGCCACCUCGAAGCCCUCCACCAGCAACAACAACAACAACACCACCACCAACAAGACGAAAUCGCCUCCAUCCAAAACGCCACCCGCCUCUCUACCGUGCAAACCCGCACAUCCACCUUCUCCUCUGCCUCGCGCCCGCCCGACUUUGAAGUCGUUUUUGCAGUCAACGACCCAGAAAACCCCAAGAACUGGCCGCUAUGGUACCGCUGCUGGACCAUCUUUGCGUGCUCGUACAGCACGUGGGUGGUGGUUUUGUAUUCCUCCUCGUACACGGCCAUUGUCCCCGGGUUGAUGAAGGAGUAUCAUGUGACGAAUCAACCUGUCGCAACGCUGGGGUUGACGACGUACCUGUUUGGAUUGGCGAUUGGGUGUUUGGCGCUGGCGCCGCUGAGCGAGUUGUAUGGGCGGAGGCCGAUUUACUUGAUUAGUUUGGGGGUGUUUGCGCUGUUGAUCUUGCCGUGUGCGAUGCCGAGUAGUUUGGCGGAGAUAAUUGUGGUGAGGUUUUUUGGCGCUCUCUUCGGCGCAGUAAUGGUCUCCAACUCGCCCGCCACCGUAGUCGACAUCGCCCACCCCGACUACCUCGCCCUCUGCAUGGCCGUAACCUCCAUCGCCCCGCUCAACGGCCCCGUCACCGGCCCUUUGAUCGGCGGUUUCGCCUACCAAUACCUCGGUUUCCGCUGGGCCAACUGGAUCGUCCUCAUCCUCUCCGGCGCCGCCAUCCUCUUCAUGGCCACCAUCCGCGAGACCUACGCGCCCGCCAUCCUGCGCGCCAAAGCCGCCCGUCUGCGCAACUCCACCGGCGACGACCGGUACUGGUCGCGCUUCGACCAAAAAGUGUCCACCCUCCAACUCCUCAAAACCAACCUCAGCCGCCCCUUUAUCCUGGCCGCCACCGAGCCCAUCCUCUGGUUCUUCAACACGUGGAUCUCCCUCGUCUACGCCAUCUUGUACCUCUGCUUCGUCGCCUACCCCAUCGUCUUCAAGGAACACCGCGGCUGGUCCACAGGCCAAGUCGGUCUCGCCUUCUUGGGCAUGGGGUGCGGCACCGUCGCCUCCAUUGUUCUCGAGCCCUUUUGGCGAUCCAUCAUCAACAAACGCACCUCCAAGUUCGAUAUCGAGACAGGUCGUCCGGCGCCCGAAGCCCAAGCGUACAUUAUGACUAUCGGCGCGAUCCUUACUGCCUUUGGUCAGCUGGCUUUCAGCUGGACGUGUCUACCCGUCUCCAUCCACUGGAUCGUGCCCAUCAUUUUUGGCGUUCCUUUCGGGAUGGGCAACACCAUUAGUUUCAUUUACGGAUCGAAUUACCUGGCGGGCGCGUACGGGUUGUAUGCUGCGUCGGCGCUAGCGGCGAAUUCGUUCCUAAGGUCCGUGGCCGGAGGCGUGUUGCCGCUGGCGGGACCGGCAAUGUAUCGGAAUUUGACGCCGCAGAUUGCGGGCACGAUAUUGGGUGUGUUGGAGGUGUUGUUGAUUCCGAUUCCGAUUAUCUUUUAUCAGUAUGGAGAGAGAAUUAGAGGGCGGAGUAAGGUGAUUAGGAUGAUGAGGGAGGAGCAGGCGAGGGAGGAUAGGAGGAGGAUGAAAGGGGAUAAGGGGGAGAGGGAAAGGAGGGGUGGUGGUGGUGGACUUGUAGAAGAUGAUGAAAAAAGUGAGGAAGGACCACCUGGAAGAGCGGAGGAGGACCACAGAGGGGGGAUGGUGGAGACGACGACGACGAGGAUGGGUGAGGGACAGGGACAAGGGGAAAUUAGUGGGGAGGGGGUGGUUGUGCCUUCUUCUGCUUUGACGACUUCAGGGGUGUUGGGCGAGAAGACAGUGAGGAAGAUGGGUGAUGAGGUUGUUUGAUUUUGGAUAUCCAGGUUCAAUAUAUGAGUGGUAGAAAGCAUGGGCAUGAUUUGGAUGAAAAGGCUAGAGGUACUAAGUGAUGAGCGGAUUGCUGAAAUGAAAAGUGAUCAAAUUUAAUUGAAGCUCUGGUAAUCCGG